UUUUCUGUAUCAGAGAACAGCAUUUUUAUGAAAGGAGAAAAGGGUGAACCUGGAAAGAAUGGUGCUCCUGGUUUGAAAGGAGAAACAGGCCAUCCAGGUCCAAGGGGACCUGAUGGUAAACCUGGACCUCCAGGAAAUGGACUGGGAGGUGCAGGGCUUCCAGGAAAAAAUGGGGCUGAUGGAAAGGAUGGAUUACCUGGACCACUGGGACCUUCUGGGCCAAAAGGUGAACCAGGAAGGAAAGGAGAACCAGGAGCUAAAGGAGAACCUGGACCAGUAGGAGUUUCCGGUGUUCCUGGGCUUCCCGGCAAUCCAGGGAAGCCAGGAAUAGAUGGGAAACGUGGAGCUACAGGAAAAGAUGGAGAAAAUGGUUUUCCAGGAAAAGAAGGAGAGAAGGGACAAAAGGGGAAAUGGGAUCUCCAGGAAAAGAUGUAA